AUGGCAACUAACGAGACUUAUUUUGAUGAUUUUAUCCUAUUAGGAUUUUCUGAAGCACCAAGAAUAUUUUCUCUUCUAUUUGCAACCAUCUAUGCAAUGAUAAUUACUGGAAACCUAACCGUUUUUAGCAUCAUUCGGGUUGACCGCCAUCUUCAGACAUCAAUGUAUUUUUUCCUGAGUUGCCUAUCCAUAUUAGAUGUGUGCUACGCUACGGUCGCACUCCCGGCUAUGCUGGUCAAUGCUAUAAUGGGCAACAGAAGGAUUUCCUUCAAUGGGUGUUUUACUCAGCUCUAUUUCUUUGUGUCUUUUGCAGGAGCAGAAAGUCUUCUCCUAGCUGCCAUGGCCUAUGACCGAUACGUGGCUAUAUGUAACCCGCUGCACUAUCUGCUCAUUAUGAAUAAGAUGUUCUGCUCAUAUUUUGUAGCAGGAUGCUGUAUCUGCGGAUUCUUAAACUCAGUAUUCCACACUUUGAUGACUGUGAAACUGACCUUCUGUGGAGAUCGGGAAAUCCACCAUUUCUUCUGUGAUGUUGUUCCCAUGCUUGAAGCAGCUUGUAGUGAUACAGACAGCAGCCAGGUGUUAUUAAAUAUUGUCACAGUUUUUAUGGGGGCAUCCCCUUUUCUAGUUGUACUUUACUCGUACAUACAUAUUAUCUCCACCAUACUGAAAAUCCGCUCUUCUGCAGGAAGGCAGAAAGUCUUCUCCACAUGUUCUUCUCACAUCACUGUUGUUAAUGUGUUUUACAUAACUGUUAUGUUUAACUACAAUGGUCCCAUUUCUGGAGAUUACUUUGUCAUUGUCCGAGUGUCGUCUAUUUUAUGCAGUGUUCUGCCUCCAUUGUUUAAUCCUGCUAUUUACUGUUUGAGAAACAAAGAGGUGAAAAGAGCAUUAAAAAGAGCAUUUACAUUACAUAUACACCCGUUCUGA